AAGGGGCGCGGCAGGUUACACCAAUGAGCGGCGGCGCUGCUCAGCCGGAAAGCAAAAGCCGGAGCCGGUCGUGAAGAGGCGGCUCGUCGGUUGUGACAGCGGCUAAAGGGCUUGUCAUUGGAAGAGGGAAAGAACGGCGCCGGGAGACCUUGGGGUUUUUUGGUGUUUUCUUCCCCCUCUCCGCCACCACCGUCCUCCUCCGCCAUGGCGGCGGCUCUGGCCCGAAAGGCCGCGGACUAUGUGCGCAGCAAGGACUUCAGGGAUUACCUCAUGAGUACGCAUUUCUGGGGGCCUGUAGCCAACUGGGGACUGCCUAUUGCUGCUAUGAAUGACAUGAAGAAAUCACCAGAAAUCAUCAGUGGCCGAAUGACAUUUGCACUUUGCUGUUAUUCGUUGACCUUCAUGAGAUUUGCAUACAAGGUCCAGCCCAGGAACUGGUUACUGUUUGCUUGUCACUUUACUAAUGAGAUAGCACAACUUAUUCAAGGAGGAAGACUGAUCAAAUACAAGAUGGAAAAAAAGAACUGAUUGUUUAUAAAGGGAAAAUGAAAAAGGUGCUUCUCUUCAAAGUACAACAAAGGAAGGUCUUUGCCAUCCACAGUUGCUCUGACUUGAUAGUUUUGCAUCAACACCAUCUUCAUGAUCAUUGCUAAAAUACUCUGUCCAGCAAUCAUCAUCCAUCCAUCCAUUAAUUUUUUAGUCUCUCUUCUACAAAGAAUUACAUAACAGUUUGAAACUGCAUCACAUAUUUUUCUGCCUUAUGUGUACUACAACUUUAUACUUAUGAAAUUGUUUAUCUUAUAUAUAAAUAACUUCUCUGAAAGAUAUGUUCUCUUAAACGUGCAACAAAGAAGCAUUGAAUAAAUCUGUACAAUUUGAUACUGGAAAUUUAGGGUAACAUGGUUACUUGGCUAUUAGGUAUGUAAAUGUACUUGGAAACUGAUGUUCUGUCCGAAGUGCAUUGGAGUUACUGUGGAAUAGUACUUGCAUACAAGAUAUAAAUUCCUGACUGUUUUUAUACUUAAAGAGUACAGUGGGCCUCCGUAUCAGUAAUAUAGUGCUGACUAAAAGCAGGUGCUUAUUAACUGUUCUCAGGUUUAAACAUUUUUGUCUGCUUGCCUUCACAUUUAAGCAAUUAACCUGAAUAUUUUUAUCAUUAAAAGUUGCCCCCACUUGAGAAGCAAGCAAAGGAAGUUCCUAACAAUUUACAUACUAGUUCAAAUAAAUAACUUAUUCUUUCACAGUUCCAUCAAGCAUCUAGAGAUGGGUCAUCCUGUUUGUGCAGAUCACCAUCUUGGUCUGAAAGAUGGAGUGACUUCGUGUGUAUUAACAGCCACACCAUUUGGAACCAUUUUUGCCUGUGGGUACUCUGGAAAUGUUACACUUGUAGGUUGGAUGCUCUGUAGCAAAACCACUUUAGUCCUGCAUCCGACAAUGUGUAGACUAUGCUAUUUCUGAGAAUUGAUUUGAAUUGAUUGAUUUGUUGCAACCACUCUAAACGUCGUGGAAAUUCACACCAGUGUCAUAAUUCCACAUCAGUUGCCUCUUGGAGAUACUGCAUAACUUUAAAAGUCAAAAAUCACCACCAGAUUGGGCAGCAACAAUCCCAAUUGUGGCAGCCCCAAUCUAGCGGGGAUUUUGGAUUUUUGAAGCUCCCCAUCCCAUGGCUCUGAAAGGCUUCCCCAGGGCAAAAAGGAGCCUGAGCCUCAGACCUAAAAGGUGGUAGUUAGGAAGCUUUUAAUUAGUGUAAAUUUAAACUUUCUAGCACCAGAUCCAAAUUAUGCCAGGUGCAAAGUUAUGCAACAGGAUGUUGCACACUGAAGGGUUUCUUAUAAAACUUAAUUUAACACUAGAAGUCCCCAGAAUAAUAAAUUAAAACUUCUGAUCAGAAAGGUCAGAAAGAUAUUUUUGGUUUAACUUGACAAUUCACUUCAUUCUUAUUACAGCUUCUAUGAGUUGUGAAGAACAACGAACAGACUGUAUUUAAGAAUUUAUUUCCAUUGGAACAACUUUGGGAAAUUAAACUUCCCAGUGGGAAGAAGUUUUAAGGACAUUUUAAUCAAAAAUAAAGGCAAUAAAACUAUUUGGAGGGAAUUUUGUAAUGGCAAUUGUCUGUAAUAUGAAUAAAAAUGCUAUCUUGCAUGCAUAACUGGAUUAUUUGAAAGUCUAGGAAAGAUGGAGAUUCCCAUAUAUGAGGUCCAUUUCAAUUGUAAUGAUCUUCAGGUUAAUAUUAAUAUAUUAGUAAAAAGACACUGGAGUUCACUAUUUCUACUUAUUUUACUAACCUAGACAUGGGUUUCAUGAAGUUGCUGUAAUGAUAAGAGUAAACUAUGUGUAUUUUUAAAUGCUGUAAUUAUGGGCAGUGCUAAAGUGUCAUAGAAUUGUCGUGGGGUUGGAAGGUACCUUGGAGGUCUUCUAGUCCAACCCCCUGCCCAAGGCAGGAGACCUCAUACCAUCCUGGACCUCAUAUGUGAUAUUUCACUUUUUCUUCAGCAGCCAUGAAAGGGAGAAAAAUAUGUCCCUGAUUAUAAUUGAAAGGCAUAUUAUUAUAAUUUGUACGCAGUCAGAAUUUCAUAUUCAUACAGUGACAGCAACUGAUUACUUGACAUACCUAACUUAAAUACAGAUAUCAAAAUACAAAAUAAAACAUGUAUUAAACCAUUUCACAGAGAUACUGUACACUUUGAAUACUAUUCUGUACAGACAUCUUUCUAAAGUAAGGUGGAUAUGUAUAUCUGUGCAUAAAAUGUUGAUUUCAAGGCAUAAACUAUUUUAUGUGGUUUUUAA